AAAAAAAAAUAUUGCGCCUUUAUUUUGAAAUUCUUUAUUUUGGAUUACACUGGAAGUUAAACCGUUUUCUAUGUCCACGCGGUUCUCUUGACUGGCAUUCACUGUUAUUGUUUUCGUCAAUUGUGUUGUGGAGAAUGGCAGUUACUUUGCACACAGACCUGGGAGAUGUGAAAAUUGAGCUUUUCUGCGAAAAGACUCCCAAGACGUGCGAGAAUUUCCUCGCCUUGUGUGCCAGCGGAUUCUACAAUGGCUGCAUUUUUCACCGGAACAUCAAAGGCUUCAUGGUGCAAACGGGGGACCCCACAGGUACAGGAAAAGGAGGGACAAGUGUCUGGGGCAGAAAAUUUGACGAUGAAUUCAAUGAACAUCUUAAGCAUAAUGUUCGAGGCGUGGUUUCCAUGGCAAACAAUGGCCCCAACACCAAUGCUUCCCAGUUUUUCUUCACCUAUGGCAAGCAGCCCCAUCUGGAUAUGAAAUACACUGUUUUUGGAAAGAUUAUAGAUGGCUUGGAGACGCUUGAUGAACUGGAGAAACUCCCUGUUAACGAGAAGACGUUUCGGCCUUUGACUGAUGUCCACAUAAAGGACGUGACCCUCCAUGCCAACCCAUUUGCUGGCUAGACUAGAAAACAUGUUUCUGCAAGGACGGUCCAGCAUUUGGAGUGAAGGAAUAACAUUCCAAAUAUAAUGCCAAAAAUGUAUUACAAAAAAUAAUAAUAAUAAUAAUUUUAAUAAAAUAUUACUAUUAUAUAUGUUCCUAA